AAGGUAAAAUUAGAGAUUAGAAACAAUAUCUUAUACAUUUUAAUGCCAAGGAAUGUGUGUCAUUGAUUCAACCUUCAGUCCCCUCAGUAGGAGCAAUGUGACACCUUUAAGGCUGUGAGAACACUGUAUUUUUAUGUGUGGGUCUUGGAUUGGGAGGGUGUCAGUGACGGAGAGAAGGGCAGAGUUACAAUGGAGAUGGUUCGGGUAUUCUGAAGACACAACUGUUGGACGUCUUGGGGGGAAGCAGUGGAUGUUGUAUUUCUGCAGAACCAAUGCUGGGGUAGCCAAUGACGGGCACUCUGCUGAAAGAAAACAGCAAUUACAAACUGCUGCACUCCGUCAGAGCGGAGGUCAUUCACUUCUACUGAGAGGAAAAGCUGUGAGCAGAUAGGAUAUGCUGCUCUGAGUCAGCAGAAUGCCUUCUGGACUGAAGAGGCUGGAUUUCAUGGUGUGCACAUAUUGGGAGUCUGUGGAAUUCUAGAAGCCAGUUGUCACUGUAUUCAUGUUAUACAGUUGACUGGGUGCGCAUGGCUGCAGCUCACACCAGUGGACUUAGCUAUUCUUACUGCACCACAACCAGCUUUGGAUUUAUGCAUCAUCAGUGCACCAAUGGAUUUCAUCUCAUCCAAAUUUUGGAACAAAUAGAUUAGUUUAUUUAGACUUUUGCUGCAUUCUGGAUAGUAUUGGUGAGCAUGAAUAUUGUCUCUUGGAAUACAUAAGACACUGAAUUGUUCCUAUUUUCAACUAUGUCUGUGCGCAGUUACUAGUUUUAAGUGCAUUCUGUAGAGGAUUACAGCUUUAUCACAAGACAUCGAAUGGUGUUAAAUCUGAGGCGGAUAAUCUACACAGAACCCUGCUGCCCUCAGAGCAAGCAGCAACUGACUUUCAUAAAUUAGUUUAUACCUGAUAAGAGCUUUGGUCCUGGGUCCAGAUGUUCCUCAACACUGUUCUCGUGGUCCUGACGGACCUGACAGCCAGGUUUCUGGGUAACACCAUGUUCCGGCAGCACUUCCACCUGUUGUUGUCAGCAGUUGUGAUGUUCGGCCCUGCACUGAACCUUUGGGUGUCUCAGCACAGUGUCUUUGCCAAGAGAACCCACUUCCUGUACAGGAUAUUCUUGCGCUCUGGUUGGGGUUGGACCUGUGUCUUUGCCGGCUCAUUCAUCUUCCUCCUUUCCUUCUCCAUCCGUCGGUCCCUAUCACUCUCCAUCCGCCACCUCUCCAGACUGGCAUUCGCUGGAGGACUGUGGCUUGGUUUCUGUAAACUCCUGGACCUCCUGGAGAACACUACAGGAAGCUGCUACAAACUUCUCCACGACGGCCCACAAGUGAUCAACGGGCAACCUCUGCUGGUGCUGCAAGAGGGGGAGAGCAAGUCAGAGUGUCUCAAGGCUGGGAUGUUGUGGAGGGGGUACGAAGUUUCAGAAGACGUCUUCCUCCUCUGUCUUUGCUGCCUGCUGCUGGCAGAGGAGAUGUCUGUGUUUGGCCCUUAUCUGAAUCUGGGUGGGGUCUCAGAUGCCCCUAUGAGGAUCCUCUUCCUGUUCUGUGUUCUCCUGCUCAGCCUGUGGAUCUUUCUGUUGCUCUGUCUCUUAGCUUAUUUCCCUCAGUUCCCUACCCAACUGAUAGGGGGUGCUCUGGGCUACCUCAGCUGGAGGGGACUGUAUCAGGGCUGGUACCGCCUGGGGCCCAGCUGGUACUGCCCUGGCAGGCCUGGUCUAGGACUGCUCAACAUCAAGACCAGUAAUUCACAGUCAGAUAAUGGACAGCCAAGCCUGAAUCACUGCAACUGAAGAACAGAAAACAUUUUAACACAAAAACUUUAAUGAAGAAAUAAAGAAAUGGACAAAGAAUACUUUUAGAAGAUGUUUGGUAAUUGUGCAGGAAACUGGGUCUUGUGAUGCAUGCCAGUGAAGCAAAUACACAUUUAGUCAUGAAGGACAGCUGUUGCCCUGUAGAGAAAGACCAGCACUGUUACUAUACCAACUCAGGCCAACACUUGACACUAAAUAAACUGACUCCAGUUCUUUCCUAUA